UGCGUCACUUCCGCCCUUAGGGCGGCCAUGUCAGCGAGGAGCUGGGAGACGGGGCUGUGCGCCGCCAUCUUUACUGGCUGAUGGAUGAACUCAACCAAUUUGGGCAAAGCCUGGACCAAGGUUCCCUGGACCACCAUAACAGAGGCCAUUCCAUUCUCUCUGUUGCAUAUUCCCCACUGUCAGAAUUUCUCUUCCAUAUCUAUGGGAGGGGGAUGACUGCUCUGCUCAAAUCUCUUAUUAUCGGAUUUCAGCCAGGACAAACAGAAGGCGCCGCUCUGCUGAUCACACCUACAGUUGGGCCACAGCUGAGCCAGAGAUGCCUCCCCACCGCCUGGCGAUGGACAGCCAGGUGCUCCCGGCCUUCCUGCUCUGCAGCUCGCUGCUGGUCAUCAAGAUGUACGUGGUGGCCGUCAUCACGGGCCAAGUGAGGCUACGGAAGAAGGCUUUUGCCAACCCGGAGGAUGCCAUGAGACAUGGAGGCCUGCAGUUCUGCCGGACCGACCCCGACGUGGAGCGCUGCCGCAGAGCCCACCGGAACGACAUGGAGACCAUCUACCCCUUCCUCUUCCUGGGCUUCAUCUACUCCUUCCUGGGUCCUGACCCUUUUGUCGCCUGGAUGCACUUCCUGAUCGUCCUCCUGGGCCGUGUGGUGCACACGGUGGCCUACCUGGGGAAGCUGCGGGCGCCCAUCCGCUCCGUGGCCUACACCCUGGCCCAGCUGCCCUGCGCCUCCAUGGCCUUGCAGAUCCUCUGGGAAGCAGCCCGCCACCUGUGACCAACAGCCGGCGCUACCUUGGCCACCAGACCAUGGGCCGAGAGCCACUGUAGCUGUAUCUGGGGACUUGGUGUCCCUUCCAGAUUGUGAUAGGCCCUGGGUCCUGGUUUCCUGGCAACCUGCUGAGUGUGUGGAUACCUGGGCCCAGUGGGCCUGUGUGUGUGCAUGCGUGUGCUCGUGCACGUGUGUGUGUGUAUGUGUGUGUGUGUGUGUUUCUUAGCCCCUAGGAUUCCUGCAUGAAGUGGUUGACUGGACCCAUUUAGAGACAGGUUGUCAAGAUCGACAGUCCUUCAACUCAAAUAACAGAGCAUUGAAAACAUCGCGCCCUCCCUCCGUAAGGGUGGAAAGAGAGGGAGACUCCAGGGUCCCAAACCUAAGGACCAUCCGAACCCAGGCUAAGAACAUGGACCUCUCAGCCCACCUUGGAGGUUCCUGCCCAGCCAUCUGCAUUUGACAAAGGCUCCCACGUGAGUCCCUGCGAUGGCCACGCCCGGGCACCACUGCCGGUUCCCUCGGAGGUGGGCUCGGGAACAGCCCAAGCUUCUCCCGGGGUGGCGUUGAGUGCAGUGAGGGCGGGAUUGUGCUCCUGUGUUCCCUUUGACGCCUCCCCUGCCCUUUGCUCUGGAUUCCUUUUCUGGAGCCUUCUCUCUGGCUCAGGAGCAGAUGGGUCCACAGUAGGGUCGGCCUUCUCCUCCAGGGCUUUAGUCACUACAAAGGGCUGUCAGUCGAGGACAGUAGCUUUGAAUGACCAAUCACUAAAAGGAACUUUCUGGCUCCUUCAGUACCUCUGAGGUUUGAAAGCUGCGAAUGUCCACCCCUAUGGGGAAUCCGCGCGCGCGUGUGUGUGUGUGUGUGUGUGUGAGAGAGAGACUGUGUGUGGCCUCUCCUAGACUCACAUGUGAUUUUUAGUCAUUAAAUGGAAGUGCCUGAUCAGUCUGCCCACUCGGCCUUUUGGGCUGCUCGUUCCUGGUGUCACGGCUGCCGGGCUGGCCUGGCGCUCCGGCGUGCUGGGCAUUUUUGCUGGUGUGUGUCUAGGGCCACGUUGGCAGGACACGGUCUCUGGCAGACACACAAAUGCACCUGACUGGGUGUGAAGUCACACAGCCAUCAGGGGCCUCCUGCUCCCUGCCUGGGACGGGUGAGAUGGUAUUUGGCAAGGGGACCGGGGACGCCCGAGUCCUGCCCUGGCCAGGUCCCCACUCCCCACAGCGUCCCCCCCACUCAGCCAGUCAUGGCCGCCUUUCCCAGCUCCGUGCUUGCAGACGAGGACACCGGGGCCAGGAGGCGCCCACCUUGUAGGGCAGGGCAGGGCCGGCUCCCCAAGCCUGACUGCCAGGCUCCCAGAGCCCCCUGUUGGGAACCACUGUGACUGGGCCGUACUGCCUCACUUUUCCCAAACGCUCCCUCCCAGCAACCGGACGCCGCGUCCCCUCUGACUGCUGAGACCUGCAUGUGAGGGCCUGGGGGGCUCAGGGACCCCAGGUCUCCCUAAAAAGCAGAGCCUGGAGCAGGCAGUGGGGAGCACUGCCCUCUGGUGGUGAGGUGGCGCCUCUGUCCGUGGGCCACUGCCGCCACCCAGCUGCAAGCAGGAAGGGCACAGUCAAGUAUUGAGCACCUGCUGUUUGCUGAGCAUUGUGCUGGACACAGAACUUACUUUUCUCCCCACUGAAUCCUUAAAGCAAUCCUAGGAGGGAGGCCCUUCAGCUUCUCAGUUUCCAUGGCUCAGGAGUCUGGGCAGGGCUCCGCUGGCUCCUCUGCUUGGGAUCUCACACGGCUGCGGUCAAGGUGUCAUCCCAGGCAAGGCCCACCUGGAACUCAGUGUCCUCUUCCAAGCUGGUUCAGAGUGUCGGCAGAGUCUGGUUCCUUGCGGUUGCAAGACCGACGCGCUUAGCUCCUAGCGGCCGGCCCUGCACAGGCGGCUCACAGCACAGCUGUUUGCUUCUCCAAGCCCAAGCUCCAUCCCGUCCCACUUCGUCUGAGGCAUGAACUAAGAAGCGAGAAGUUCUCAAGUGCUUGCAGUGUGUAACUCAAGGGAACUUCUGAAGGUCACAGAGCUUCUCCACCCUGCCCAGCAGGUCUCCAGAGACACACUCAGGCCCCGAGAGGGACACAAAAGACGGAGAGCUCGUCAUGUGUUUCAGACUAUGACACUGGUCUGCUUUUUUGGAGCACUCGGGAGGAAGUGACACUGACAUCCCGGCGGUCUGAUGGCAGCGCCAGUGCCUCCGUGGGAACGGCCCCGGCUGCUUCUAAAGCUGGUGUUCCUGGGACUGGCCUUCCAGGCCCCCGCCCGGUGUGACCCCAUCUGCGGCAGGCGGCCCCCCGCCUCCCCGAGGCUCGGCAUGGCGCCCUCCAACCAGCCUGGAGCCCUGGCCAGUGCCUGGGGGCCUGUCCACUCGCCCGCUCCCAGAUGGGAUGACGUCCGAGCUUGUAGUCCCAGCCACAAGCCCACUUCAGCCAGCUCCGUUUCUCUCCCCCUUCACCCUGCACCGGGAGAUCCGGCCUGGGACCUGCUGCCCCGGCCCAAACAGACAGCCUCUCCCUUGCCCCGGACCGCACACGCUGCCCUCUGCCAGCAACACCGCUCCCUCCCUUCGUCUGGUGAACUCUUCAGCCCGCCAGGCACAGCUCCUCAGGAAGCCUGCCCAGAUGCCUCAGGCUAGCUUUGGGCCCCCUCUGGGCCCCUGCACAUCCCCUCAGUCAUGUGGCGACUCCUUAGUGUUUUGCUUCCCUGGAAGAUGGUGCAUCCUUUGUGGCCGGGGACCCUGUGUCUCUCCCCAGGGCCAGGGCGGGGCCUGGGUGCACAGCAAGUGUUUCAUAAUAUUCGUUCAGUGCGUGAGCAGCAAAGGAGGCCCCGAGAGAACUUACCCAAGGCAGAGGCCAGACUGUGCAAGAAAACACAGCUGUGACCACCAGCACCCCCGCCAGGGCCCCACGGUACCCACGUUCUCCUGCCGCCCGGGAAAAAGGCGUCCAUCCACCAAACAAGGAAGUUACACGGCAACCAGGCUGUCACCCAUCCCCAGGUGUGUUUGCACAUCUGAAGGGGGCAGUGCUCACCCCCCAAGAACGAGGUUUCCACGGCGGGAUUCCAGGUGGAGUGCGGGAGGACAUUCGGGGAUGUGCUGGGGGCGGUCCUCACUGCACUCUAGGUGCAGCUACUGUGCCCUCUAAAUAAAACUGGGGCGUCCCUCAUGGAAGGACA